AUCCAGGCGAGCUCGGCGGAGAUCGGUGCUGAAGCGGGGCGGAUGGCAGGAAAAACAGCGGCGCUGGACACGAUAACACCGUGGGAUUCCCAUCCACCAUGCCUCUAAACAAGCGUCACGACGCCGCGUUUUCACACCCAUCACUGUAGGACAGUGACAGGCCAGCGGGAAGAGAUGCUGUACAUUCGCCUCCUCCUCUUCUCUCACGCGUAGAAAGGAUCCUUUUCCGUUGAGGUCCUAGGAAGCCGACGGCAACAGAAGCAGAACGGGGAAGUGAGUGAAGGAACCCAGAGGAGAGACGUCCUUCCGCCUCACCCCGUCUCUCGUGUUCCUUCCUGUGCUACAGGGUCAGGGAUGGUGACACCAGUAACCUCUCCUCCUCGCCGUGGUAAAAAGUACCCCAUCGCCUCGUUCCGUAGCUCCAGCGAGCCAAUCAGCCAGCACGCUCAGACACUCCACCAAUCAGUGACUCUGUCAAGCAGCUUGCUACCACCCAGCAACCGAUUACCUCACGCCAUGACUGCUUUGUCUGACCUGUGUUUAGGAACUCGUUAAUUCAUGCCCCACAGUGUGAGUGGAGUGGAGAUGAGAAAAAGGCAGGCGGCUCACAUCGAGGCCCCACCCCAGGCCCCCGGACAGCCCCGACCGAACACCUGCUGCCUCUGCUGGUGUGGCUGCUGCAAGUGUCUUUGGAAUGAAGAUAGAAUUGAGAGGAGUGAACGGCAAACCUGCACCAAGAUGGGCAGUAUUGAAGCUGUUGAAGAACAACACCCCAGUUUAGAAGAGCUGCUGUCCUGGGCACGGAGCUUUGAGAUGAUGCUGCGCUCGCUGGAGGGCCGGGAGAUCUUCCGGGAGUUCCUGCGCUCCGAGUACAGCGAGGACAACCUGCUUUUCUGGUUGGCCUGCGAGGAGUUAAAAAAGGAGACGAACCCCUCAGUGGUGGAUGAGAAGGCCCGGAUUAUAUACGAAGAUUACGUCUCUAUAUUGUCGCCAAAAGAGGUGAGUCUGGACUCUCGGGUUAGAGAAGGAAUAAACCAGAGCUUAGCGGAGCCUAGCAACACCAUGUACGAAGAGGCCCAGCUCCAGAUUUACACCCUGAUGCACCGGGACUCCUUCCCCCGUUUCCUCAACUCCUCCGUUUACAGAGACCUCCUGGCCAGCAGGAGGCGCACCUGCCUUGACACCUAAACCUCCCCACCGUUCGUCAUUGCCAACGUACUCCAACGAGACUACUACUUAAAACUGCAAAUACUACUAUGGUGCCAGAAGUCAGGUUUGGGGGGAAAAAAAAAGUCUCGCUCUUGUUUUGAUGAAAAAAAAAAAACUUAAAUAACAUCCAAGAUAGCUGGUUGGGUCUUUUUAUUUUCUUUUAUUUAUAUUUUUUAAGCAGUUUUUAAUCCAGUUGUUCACUGGAGCUAGGUCGAGCUUUCGCUGGCUGCUUAUUGGUCAGUUUUAGACCAUUAUUUGCGGCCAGUGAUUGUUUUGCUAGCGAUUUGAGCAGUUUUGUUUGAUUUGAGUGGCCGACUCCACCUUAACAGCGACUGGUUGAAUCGGUCGACCCUGCGGCCGAGUGUUGGUUGAGCGUGGACAAGGACUCCUCAAGUGACGAGGACCCCGAGACGGAGAGUGACAUAAAGGACAAACCCACUGAUCCUGUACUGUAAUAUUUGAACCUCAUUUUACCUUCACUCUACUGCUCUGUCUUUACUCGUACGUCUUUUCUGUUAUUUCUUUGUUUUUUGUUUGAAUUUCUUUUUGAUUUAUACCUCCACACUGUCCAAACAUGACACCCAGUGGUUGGUGGGAAUGGGAGAAUCUUUGCCUUUUUAACCAGUUGAAGCAUCGGCUCUCUCUGCAUGCAGCUCUCUCUCUUUCUCUACUGUAGCUUGACAGUAUAAGCCGCGGACUGCAACCUUUUCUGAGAGAUAUUAAGGCUGGCUGCUCCUGACUAUGUAUGUUCAGUGAAGGGGCGGAAAAAAGGGUACAUCUCUGUCAGUUUUAAGCUUACUGCAGUUUUUAUUGAGAUGUAAAAGCUGCUUUCUCCAACCCUUCCUCUGUCCGUCCACGUGUUUUGUCCGAGCACUUUCCUUCAUCUAACUGGGAGAAGUAAGGGCUAGAAUUGUGGUUGGGCAGCUACUUCUAAUAUUAUAACUCAUAAACUUCUCUCCGCUGAGACAAAAAUAAAAAAUCACAAUGCCUUUAUGUGUAAAGGAAGGCAGCAGAAGUGCUGCUUUAGAUCUGCUGUGAAGCAACCACAGUCUGUCCAACAAUCCCUACCUCCCAUUCCUUUUUUUUUAUUAUUUUCUCCCUUUCCUCUGACCCGCUUUAAGAUUCCCACAGCCUGAGAAGCACAGGUGCCAAGUUUGGGCCAAAACCCAUAAUGGAAAAAAAAAUACAAAAAGACACUUACAGUACAUUGUCUCAAUGAGUAUUGUGGGUAGAAAACACUAGCAAUCUCCUUGCUACAAGUGAAAACAACCUGCUAUUAAACCUUGAAAGGCUUCAGCUUUUGACAUUCUUGUCUUUGAGGUAUCAGAUUUUAGUGGAUUGGAUAACUGGGUGCCAAAUGGGACUUCAAACUUCCAGUGAGGAGGAAUCGGAUUUCUACUAGCCUGUUUUUUAGAGCUUGGGGGAAGACGACCGGUCUAAUAAUGCUGAAAUAGGACUAUCCCAGGCUGUUAAUGAAAUCUGCAUAGUCUUGCUCCAAUCAAGCCUUUUCAGCUGAAACCAAAAGGGUUUAAGCAUGCUGUAGACAAGCAGAUGAUAGGAUGCUUGUGCUAAUCUUCCCUCCCACUGCCAGCCCUCAAACACUCUGGUCUGUUUUUUUCUAAACUAUCUUGGAAAGCAUGCAGUUAUAACGUGUGUGUGAGUGCGUGUGAGAUACAGUAAAACACCGAACAGGAAAAUAAAAGUUAAAUUGCCAAAUGUCAUGUAAUGUUUAGCAUAUAAAUGGACACUUUUUUUUUUUAAAUAUGUGAACGUUUUAACGGAUAGAUUGUGGUAAGCCUAUGGAUUUGCAGAAGGUGCAUGAGUGCAGCAUAUAAUAUGCAGUUUUAAUGCAAUGAGCCUCUGUGUCCAUUGAUUUGAUGAAUAUAUGUCCCACAUGAUCUGGUCGUUGGGUAGAGCAGUGCUAGACGUGUCAAAUAAACGCUGCUAAUUACUUGCAGAUACACAGAGGCAUCCAUGUUGCUGCCUUCUCUUGCUACCUGAAGUUCUUGUGCCAAUCUGGAUCUGCAUUGAAGUGAAAAGACAAUUAGUUCUGACUGCAGAGGGUCAGGCAUGGGCCAUUAAUAUAACCGUAUGUGGAAACAGUAUUAACACAAAAACAAAGAAAAAAAUUUGUAAAUCUGUCAUUGCUUUAGUUUUAAACAGAAUAAUUUCCCCUGCCGUGAAAAUAAGACGAGUAAGGCUGUAUGGUUUUAGGAAAACAUUCUUCAUGCUUCAGUUUAGAGCCAGAAUCUCUGUUAAAAUCCAUCUAAUGGAACAAAGACACCCCUAGAAAGGAAGAUGCAGUCCAUAGCGUUAGAAGCACCAUAGCCUACCAACUAUAGCAUGCAUACAUAUUGUCCUUUUCGAAC